AUGUCAAAGCGGGCGCAGCGUAUGGAGAUGCUGAAGAAAGAGGUGAGAUCGCUGCUAAUGGCUGCCAAAGAGGGCUUAACCCCAGCACAGCUGGAGCAGGACUAUGUGGCCAUGAUCGGCAAACCUCUCCCUCUACAUGACCUGGGCUUCCAAUCCACCAUGGAGCUGGUGGCAGAUAUGCCUGAAGUCGUUAGAGUCUGUCCUUACGAGAAAGGCACUCUUGUCCUCAAAGCCAUUGCAGAUGAGACCACUAAAACGAUUGCCAAACUGGUUGCCAGACAGAAAAGUAGUGGUAAGGCAUGGAAGAGUGCAGCUGCAAGGGGAGAUGCUGUUUCUCCCUCUAAGAAUCCACAGAGUUUCCCUCGGGGAAGCAGGGCUCCCAUCCUGCCAGCGGUGGUGAAGGCUGAGCUGCAGGAUCUUCUGAGUUCCUCACCACUUCUGCUCUUGGACUUUGAUAAGGCCUUCUUCAGACGCUUUGGCCGGGCAUUCCAGUACACGCAAUAUGGAUUUUCCUCCAUGUUUGAAGUCCUCAGAAGCGUGUCUGAUAUCAUUGUGGUUGAGCAGACAAGACUGGGUUCCUUGCUGGCACUGAAGAAGCGUCUGGUAGGUGAGAUAGAGAAGGAAGAGAUGCCGCAAGGUGGGGCGAAGGAAGAGAUGCCGCAAGGUGGGGCGAAGGAAGGGAUGCCGCAAGGUGGGGCGAAGGAAGGGAUGCCGCAAGGCGAGGCGAAGGGAGGGUUGCCGCCAAGCACAGAGAGAAGGAAGGGAUGCCGCAAGGAGAGGCGAAGGAAGGGAUGCCGCAAGGAGAGGCGAAGGAAGGGAUGCCGCAAGGAGAGGCGAAGGAAGGGAUGCCGCAAGGAGAGGCGAAGGAAGGGAUGCCGCAAGCCUCAAGAUUUGGAGCAGUCCCUACUAGACAAGUUGAUUGUAACUCCAGAAAUCCCCUCGGAUGCUGUUCAGGACAGAAGCCUUUGCAGUUUACCACCACUGGAGAGAAGGUGCUUGGUGGGAGUCUUUGUGGAAUUUGUUGUCUCUCCUAGCCAGUUCUACAUCCACGUCUGCAGCAGUGAAACAUCUGAUAAACUGCAGGAUAUGAUGAUUGAGAUGAGAAACUGUUACUCAUAUAAACUUGUCUCUGAUCGAUAUAUCAUGCCUGAGUCUGCACUGCAGCCUGGACAGCUCUGCUGUGUAAUGGUCAUGAAAUGGUGGUAUCGUGUUAUCAUCCACCGUGUGAUCAAUGACCAAGAAGUAGAGGUGUUCUACGCAGAUUACGGAAACCUUGAAAUUGUCCAAAGGUCUUGUCUGAGAUUCCUCAAGUGGUGCUACUUGAAGCUCCCUGCUCAGGCCAUCCCAUGUUCCUUAGCAUGGGUAAAACCCGUGAAGGGUACGUGGUCCAAUGCAGCAACUCUCCUGUUCAAGAGCCUGUGUGCCUCCAAGCUGCUUGUGGGCAUCGUGGAUGAAUACGUGAACAGCGUUUUGCAUCUCUUCUUGUGUGACACAUCCACUGCGAAGGACGUCUACUUUCACAACGUCUUGAAAGAUGGGGGAUACGCGGACCUCUGCAGAGAGAACAUUCCUUCUCAGGGAUUCAUGGAACUGAAUCCCUCGGCUUUGUAUGUUAGGCCCAGUGGAAACCAGGAGAAUGCUGAGCUGGUGAAGCCAGACCUUUGCUUGCAGCAGGGAUCUCCAGAUGCACAUAGUGAAGAGAAAAUGAAGAACAAAGACCUUCCCAGGAGCCUUGCAGUUGGUCUGUGCAGUGCCAGUGGGCUGUCUGACCAAGGGCCAUCUCAGAAACUGUAUGUUCCUCGUACCAUGCUGUCUGCGGUGUUGGCAUCCGCACGCUUAGCCACUCCCAGGGAUUGCUUCCAGUGGCUCCCCAGCCUGAGAAAGGUGUGA